AGUACGCGACCAAAAGCUAACGCGAAUAAUUGAAAGCGGAAAAGCAAAGCAAAGCUAAGCUGAAACGUGCAUUGCAUAUUACGAAAUUGCAGCAGCCAGUUGAACAGCUUGCCUGCUGCGAUUCGAGAGAGAGAGCGAAAGAAAAAAACACAAAAAUUUUAAAGUUUUUAAAUCCGAAGGAAAAGGCCAUACAUACAUACAAACACGCAUAAUAUGUGAAUAUAUAGAAAUAGUUAGCCAAAUUCAAGAAGACAAAACCAAAUGCAUCCAGCAACAACAACAACUGCAACUCAAAUAGCAACAAAAGAGAACAACAACACAUAGCACAUAGAACAACUGUAACAUCAGCUGCAAGCAAAGCUAACGAGAAAGAACAACAACAGCAAUAUCACCAAGGACAAACCGCCCACUCAAUGCACUAACAACUAUACACACACACACGCACACACCCACAAAAGCAGUAGCACUAGCAAUAACAACAACAACAGCAACAAGGGAACAGUGAGAGCGAGAGAGUGUAACAAGCACUGCAUGUGAGCGAGAAACAUAGCUAGCGAAUAGAGGAUAUAACACAUAACAAAACGAAAAGCAAAAACUAACUGUUCUACUGCUCGCGUUUAGUUGAAAGGGUCACUCGGUAAUUGUCAAAAAAAAAGAAAAGAAAAAAUACAAAAGCAAAAAAACGAAUAAGUUUCAAGACGAAGGAGGAGAAGACAGAAACAGAAACAAAAACAAAAUCCAACAAAUAGCAAAACAACAGUAACAGCAACAGCAACAGCAACUGCGACAGCGACAACAACACCGACUACCAAUAUGGAUCGCUACGAUAUGGACGAUGUUGUUGUUGCGCCACCGCCCGAACACGACGACGGCAGUUACCCAUUAAAGGAAUGGCGCCUCAAGCAUCAGGCUGGCACAUUGACACGCAACGAUUUAAUCGACUACUUCAAAAAGGAAUCGCCAAAGUAUUUCGAAUUUCAAAAUGAAACAGAAACAGACGAUUCAAAUGCACCAACUUACUCCUUCAUGGUCUCGGUGCAAACCCUUAACUUUGAUGAACAAGUCUCCACGAGCUCGAAAGCAUCAAUGUUGCUGCAAGAAAUCAAACGCUUGCAGGAGUCAAAGCAUGCCGUGACCUGCGGGUCCUUGAAAUGCAUGUUCAAGGAGUCACUGGCCAAGGAGGAGAUCAUCGAUGUUAUGGUCGAGUUCAUGCUCGGCGAUAAUCCGGCUACAGCGCUCGAGAAGCUGCAGCUCGAGGGCAACACGGCCACCGUGUGCGGCAAGGUGUUCAAGAAUGGUGAACCCACCUACAGUUGUCGCGAGUGUGGCGUCGAUCCCACUUGUGUGCUGUGUGUCAAUUGCUUUAAGCGUUCGGCACAUCGCUUUCACAAGUAUAAAAUGUCCAGUUCCGGCGGUGGUGGAUGCUGUGAUUGUGGCGACGACGAGGCCUGGAAGCGUGAUCAAUACUGUGAACUGCAUUUGGCAAAUCGCAAGAAUCCCCUGGAAAGUAAGAUCAUAACAAACGCUGUGCUGGAACGUGCCGAGGUCUGUUUCAGUGCGAUUCUGGCAUUCUGUGUUAACUAUCUGCAAAUCGAACCGAAUGCCAGUCUCCAGUGCCUCGAUGGCGAACUGGAUGGUGCCAAUUUCUGUACGGUUCUGUAUAACGAUGAGUCGCACACGUUCGAUCAGGUCAUACAGACGCUGACAAAGAUUGCCAAGUGCCGUCACAAGGAUGCCAUGGAGAUUGUGGCCGCGAUUGAUCGCGAGGGUCGCGCCGUUGUCAAGUGUGAUACGUUCAAGGAGUGCAACGACCUUAAGACGGCCAUCGAGAAUCAAAUGAUACCGCCAUCCGGUAUGCUGACGAAUCCCCGGCAUAGCCAAUCGUUGCGCACAUCGGUGCUGAACAUCAAUUCGGUGGCAUGCCAGCAGUUUGCCCUGCAAUUGCUCAGCUGGUUCCAGGAGUUCCUCGUCCGUCAUUAUCUAUUUCGCAAGCGUUUCGCCCAGCUGGUGCAGCAGAAGAAUGAAUCGUUUUGCAUACGGCUGAUACUCGAGUACGAUGUGAAACUGUGGAAGACGGCACGCACCUGCUGGCAUCGUUUGCUCAUCUCCGGCAUGCUCAUGGAGUACGAGAACAAAAUGGUCUUGGCCCAGGAGUUCUCGCGACGCUAUGCGACCAUUGUCCAGGACUUUAUCAGCGAUGAUCACGAUCAUUCGUUCUCAAUUGUAUCGCUCAGCGUGCAGCUCUUCACCGUGCCCAGCAUUGCCCAUCAUCUGAUCGCCCAGGAGAGCAUUCUGUAUAAGCUGCUGCACACGUUCUAUCACGUGGCCAUCGAGAAGUUCAUACACAAUCGCCGGCUACACUUUAGCAAGAACAUUGCCAGCAUGGCGUUCUUCAAGCGAGCCAAUUACAUACUCUACGAUCUGCGUUAUCUGCUCAGCCUGAAGCCGGAAGUGCUCAGCAACAAGUUGCGAAACGGUUUCAUCGAAGGCUGCAAGGCGCUGAUGCCGGUGCUGAAUGUGAUGCAGGGCAUGGAGUCGAUAACACGCCAGAUGGGCCAGCAUAUGGACUACGAGCCGGAAUGGGAGUGCGCCUUCAAUUUGCACAUUAAGCUCGCCUCGACCAUAUCGCAGGUGAUCGAAUGGGCGGCCAGCGAUGUGACGCUGCUGCGCAAGCUCUACAAGAAGACGGUCCAAGCGCUGCUCAGCAACAAUUUCAUCGUGGGCAACGAGAAGGUCGAACCAAAGACCGUUGCCGGCCAUGUGGCCGAUUGUCUCAUCUACGAUGUGUCCACGCAUCCCGUCUCGAUACAUUUGCCACUGUCGCGCUUCUAUGCGGGCAUCUAUUUGCAUCUGGGUGCCCACGAUCUGACCUACGACAGUCUGCAGGCGGAAACUGAGGCGCUGAACAUAAAGCUGACGCCGCGUGAGAUUAUUGAGCCGGUGCUCUGUACACAGGCGAUGAUAGCACAGGUCGCCGCUGGCAUGUGGCGUCGCAAUGGCUACUCGCUGCUGCAUCAGUUGUAUUUCUAUCGCAAUGUGCGGUGUCGUGUCGAGAUGCUGGACAGAGAUAUUGUUUGCCUGCAGAUUGGCGCCUCGCUGAUGGAGAGCAACGAGUUUCUCAUACACAUGCUGAACAAAUUCAAUAUGAUCGCCUGGGCGCAGCCCAACUAUGAGGCGGAGUUGGCGCAAUCGACGGUCGACGAUGAGUUUAUGCGUCAGCUGUCCAUGACCGAUGAGUUCCUUGAGCUGCUGAUUGUCAUCAUUGGCGAACGCUGGAUGCCCGGCGUUUCGCUUGUCACCGAGGAGGAUCGUCUGCGCAAGGAGAUCAUUCAGCUGCUCUGCAUCAAGUCGCAUUCACAUUCGGAGCUAUCGCGUGCCUUGCCCGAUGGCAACGGCGGCAGCAAUGACAGCAUCAUCGAGGAUGUCAUCAAUACGGUCGCCGUGUUCAAGAAGCCCGUUGGGGCCGAGAGCAAGGGCGUCUACGAGCUGAAGGAGCAUCUGUAUGAGGACUUCAAUGUCUACUUCUAUCAUUACACCAAGGAGGACAAGUCCAAGGCCGAGGAGUUGCAACGCGAACGUCGCAAGAACAAGAACGAACUCGUCUGUUGCCCGCCGCCAAUGCUGCCACAACUAACACCGGCAUUCAAAUCCAUGGCGAACAUCCUGCAGUGCAAUGUGUUCCUGAGCAUCACCACCAUGAUCAUGGAUCGUGCAUUGGACGCUCACAGUCGCUCCUUUACCGAAAGUCACCUGCAAAAGGUGCUGCAUCUGCUAGGCUUUGCCAUUCAGGAGGAGCUCAGCGAGUACUAUCCGUUCCUUAGUUUUUACGAGAGAUCACAAAAAUACGGUGUGCUGGAAAAACUGGAUGAAUUGGCGCGUUGUCCACGCUUGGAGGCGCAUCGCGACUUUGUGCUGUGGACGAUCAGGCGAUUCAAGGAACUGCAGGCUAAACAAGCGCCCAAUGUGAGCGCCAGCACAUCGUCGGCAGCGAGCACCUCGGCGGGCACAUCGGUGGAGACAGCGCAGAGCGACUAUCAGCCACUCACCUCGGAGCAGCAGGCACGCCUCGAGAAGGAGGCGCGUUCACGUUUGGCCGCCGAGCGUCGGGCCAAGAUCAUGGCUCAAAUGCAGAAUGCUCAAAAGUCGUUUAUGAAAUCGAAUGCCGAAAUGUUUGCCAGCACCGCCACCGAAGAGGGCGCUGCUGGUGCUGCUGGAGUCGCCACUACCAGCAAGCCUGCAACGGAAUCGGUGAUGGACUGGGAUGAUAUACCCGAGCUGGGCGCUGCCGCUUUAAUACCCGAGCCAGCCAAGACGGUGGCGUGUUUGGGUGAACGACGCUGCGCCUCUGAGAUCGGUGAAAAAUGGUUCAAGUGCAUACUGUGCUUUGAGGAUUGCUGUGUGAGCAGCAGUGGAUCGCCGUUGGUUAGCUCGGCAUUUCUGCAGACAUCGCGAGUGAUUUACUCGGCGCCCAGCGUCGGUGGACUGAAGUCGGCGUUGCAUGUGAGCUGCUGCGGUCAUGUGAUGCACUACAAUUGCUGGAAGGAGUACUACAGCAGCGAGGAGACCAAGGAGCUGCGUCGGCCACAGCGCAAUCGUGUCUCGCUCACCCAGGCACAGAACGUGGAGUUCCAUUGUCCCUAUUGUCGCACUCUCAGCAACACUGUGCUGCCGGUCAGCGAGGCGUUGGCCAAAUUCUCGUCACCCCUAAUGCCGGCUGCCUCAACGGGAGCAGGAGCGGGCGCCAGCUCAGAGAAUGUGCUGCCCCUGGAUUGCUAUGUGGAACUCAUGCGCACCUUGGCCAGCGAGCUGGCCUACAUCGAGCACAUUUGGCCAGCAACAGCAGCAGGAACAGCUGCAGCAACAACAACAACAGCAGCAUCAACAUCAGCAGCAUCACCAUCGUCAGCGUUGUCACCGUCGUCAGCAGCAGCAGCAGUAGGAGCAUCGCCAUCGUUAGCAUCAUCAUCGUCGGCAACGUCGUCGUCGUCACCGUGGUCCCCAUGGUCGCCGUCAUCGUCCAGGUCAUCGAAGAUGGUCAGCGAUGACGAGUGGCUGAACAACAUCUAUCCCCGCAGCGCUGAUAUUCUGCGCAGAUCGAACAUCAUUGGCGAUUUGAUGCAAUUCGAACGCAGCGCCCAGGUCGUGGACAAGCCAUUGAUGCAUCCCAACUGGAUCGAGAUGAUGGGCUCCUUUCACAAGGCCAUGCGCAAUGCCACCCAAAGUCAGCUGCAGGGUCAGGCGAGCAAGGAUUCGUCGUCCAUAGCUGCCGAUAUCGAACUGGAUACGGUGUCGCUGCUGUGGAACACUUGCAGCUACACAUUGCAAGCCCUGGAAGUGUAUCUGUAUGCCAUACAGAAGCCGCUCAAGGCGGAGCUGCCGAUGCGGCAUCAAAGCUGCGCCAGCAAUCUGGUUCGCGCCUGUGCUCUCUACUCGUCGACGUUGACGGUGCCGCAGUUGCGCAGCCAGAGUCAACAGGGCGCCAAGCUGCUGGACACGAUCUUCAAUCAGAAGGGACCCAGCGUCCUUGAGUGGGAUUGCUUCCGCAUGCUCGUCCAGCUGAAUUUCAUGGUGCCCAAUCUGCUGGUCUGUGCUUCGAAGGCGAUCGUAGCGAGCGGCAGCAUGUUUGAUUUCUACACACUGCAAACGUGUUUCCUGGCCAACCUGACCAAGGCGGUGAUUUGCUUUGACUACGACAAGGAGAUGGCCAAGCACAAUGACGCCGAUGUCGAGGAUCUGCUGCAGCAAUCAACAUCGACAGCGGCGCCAGCGAUAACAAUGCUGCAGUAUGUGGAACAGCUGCCGGCGAAAAUCAAGCACAACCUGGCCAUAUUCUACAUUAAGAACAAUAUGGCAGCGCGUGUCCGUCAAUUCGAGCGCGACGGACGCCAGCGUGAGGAGUACGAGGAGAUGGAGCUGGAAAUGAGCGGCGAGGAUGGUGGGGCGACAACGUCAACGUCAGCAACAACGCUUGCCGGCGAUUGCACGCCAAAGCAUCUGGCGAUGCUGCUCGAGUAUGUGAAGCGGCAGCAGAGCUCGUUCCUGCGUUGUGCUUGCCUCUUCUAUCGCUGCAUGACCGAUGUCGAUUUCCCCGACACGUUUCCCACCGAUCAGCCGGAUCGGUUUGAUUUGAUGUGCCAGUAUCUGGGACUGGAGCCCCAGUUGGGCGUAUACUUUGACAUGGAGUCGGUGUAUGCCACCAUGAUGCAGAGCUUUGCCUCGCAUCCAUACAUUCGAACCGAGCUGUUCGAGCGUAGCGUUAGCAAACGUCAAGGUAACGCCCCAUCGUCGUCGUCGGCGUCGUCGUCAGAAAAGGAGUCGAUAGCGUUAGUGCCGUGCCAGCGGCCGUUGCCGCAUCUGGUCACACUGUACGAGGACUACAGUGAUCUCAUCAACAGCGUCUCGGACAUCUUUUGUCCGAACAACGAGCGCGAGGAGAUGAAAACACCAACGAUGUGCCUGAUAUGCGGCACCAUUCUCUGUGGCCAUUCGUACUGCUGCCAACCGGAGCUGGGCAAAACGAAUGUGGGCGCGUGCACGCACCACGCCCACGACUGUGGCGCCGAGGUGGGCAUCUUUUUGCGCAUACGCGACUGCCAGGUGGUCUAUCUGGGCCGUGGCAAGGGAUGCUUUGUGCAGCCACCGUAUCUGGAUGAGUACGGCGAGACGGAUCAGGGCCUGAGGCGUGGCAAUCCGCUGCGACUGUGCAAGGCCGCCUACGAUCGCAUCUUUCUGCAGUGGCUCGGACACAAUCUGCACGAGGAGAUUGCGCGUCUCAAUGAGAAUGCGAGCGUCGCCGUUACGCAGUGGCAUCACAUGUAGUCCGCAUGCGUGCGUCAUUAAAAUUAAUGCAAAAUUCAAAUGUGGCGGAUGGCGAAGGCGAAGGACGAUGGAGACAGAGAGAGACGACGACAGCGAGUGAGAGAGAGCGACAACAGUUGAACGAUAAGGAUGAGCAGAUCAUGGUUACCAUAAUCUUAGCGGAGCGAGAUGAUAGCGAUAGCGAUAAUGAUAGCGAUAUAUAGCAAUAUCGAAUAUGAUGACAAAGGCGGCGACAGUCAAUGUGAUUAUUACAUACUAAAAUUAGGAGAGCAUAUUUAUACGUCUAAGCAUUUUACUACUACUUAUCCAGCACCCCGCACAACCCUCCCCCCCAAACCAACCUAAACCCACCACUCUAAACUCCACUUCAAUCAAAUGAAAUUUAAUCGGUACGCCCACAGAGAUCAGCAGCACCACAACACGCAACAAGCAGGACACUACACUACUACACACACAUGUACACACACACACACACACACAUACUCCCAAAACAGAGAGCAACAUCAUCGACUCCAUUAAACACUUCUUCCUCGCAAUCCGCAAUGUGGAACAAUCGUUUAUUUUUUGUUUUGUUUUUUUUUUAUGUUGCGUGUUUGGCUGUUGUUUUUUGUUUUGUUCUUUUCUUCUUUAUAUAUAUAUAUACAUAUAUAUAUAUAUAUUACACACACAUAUAUGAUGUAUACAGCUGUAUUUUUUUAUAUAUAUGUAUUUUUUUUUUUUUUGUCUAACUGUAAUAUUAGAAAAACUUGUUGAUAAUUUGAUUAGCAGGCGGAGCGAAUUGCAGCUGCUUCCUAGUUAUUAUGUUAAAUAUGUAAUUGCAUACUUGAUUUAGCCUGAUUGAUUGAUAUAUAAUUGUGAAUUGUGAACGACAUGGACCGACAGACAGUUGAGUCAGUCUGGAAGUCAAUCAGGCAGUCAGAAGAUAGACAAGAGCGGCAUACAGGCAGCUUUGGCAACAAAUUAAAGGAUGAAGAGAAUUCACAAGAGAGAGAGAGAGAGAGAAAGAUGAUCAAUAAUAAGUAAAACAGUGAAUAAAAGUAAAAAAAAUUAAAAAGAAAAAUUAAAAACUCAGAUCCACCGUCCCCAAAAAUAAAACCCCCAAAAAAUAAAACUCAAAAAAGGAUUCGAAUUAUCGAAACAAAAAAACAAAAGAAAAA